AUGUACAGUCGUUCACCGAUCAUCAACGGUGGAGCAGUAGUUUUUCAAAAAAUGAAACAUGUUAUAGUGCCAUUGUGUGUACUGGUUUGCAUUUCCGAAACACUGGCCGCAUCAAACGACGUUGGUAUGCGUUCGAAUGAUUUACACAACCAGCAAAGUGCUAACGCAACCAACUCGCGGUUAUUAUGUCCACCAGACAGUGUUUGCGUGCGUUUGAUCCAGUGCCCGGAAGUCGACCGUAUGUCCAUCGUUCGCUACCUGUCGCGCCCACCACAUCUUCGCCCGCCAACCGAACGUCGUUGGGAAAGUUCGACUUGGCGUCGAUGCACGCUGCUGAAUGGUGAAUUUACUGGCAUCUGUUGUCCAGCACAUCCGGUUAUUGAUGUCAGCACAGAAGAAUCGUCCUCAUUGUCGAAACUGACAAACCACGAACGGGACCAACUUUUACAACAAGCAGAAAAAAUUGCAUAUCAAGAGAUGCAAACGUUCCUUACUGCUGACGCGGACGUGCUUGAAAACAUGUCCACAAGCACGCACUUUCAUGCCGGUCAUCUAUCGCUUCCGGACGAUAUUCUUUCGCCGGAACUGGUGCGGCAAGGGUUGCAGGAGAUGCUAACAUGGCAGGCCCUUGAAAGGAUCUCGAAUGGAACGGUGACGGUACAGCAUUAUCAACGACCCAAGCGCUGUUUGGUUGGGCCACCCUGCGAAAAAAGCCAUUCACGCUACCGGCGCUUUGACGGGCGUUGCAAUAACAUCGAGCCGGGCGGAAGUCUCUGGGGUUCGGCAGGAUAUCCAAUGGAACGGUUGCUUCCGCCAGCAUACGGUGAUGGCGUUUGGGCGCCACGGAUUGUUUCCUACACCGGCCGUUACCUGCCAUCGGCUCGUAAAUUAUCUUCCACGCUGUUUGCCGAUCUGCACCAUCCGCACGCGGCCUAUAACGUGCUACUCAUGCAGUUCGGCCAGUUCCUGGCGCACGAUUUCUCGCGCAACAAAGCAAUCGAAACGAAGACCAAGUGCUGCACGGAGGAUGGGUCCGGACGUGUGAGGGAUGCUUCACCCGGUUGUAUGCCAAUAAGUGUUUCCAGUCGGGAUGAUUUCUACUCCCAGCACGGCGUUCGGUGUAUACACUUCAUGCGUUCGGCUGUGGCGCCAAUGCGGGAAUGUGGUUCUGUAGGUCAUGGUAGACAGUUGUCCGGUGUAAGUCACUUCAUCGACGGAUCAGCAAUAUACGGAACUAGCAGCAAGCAAGCUCACGAGCUUCGGGCACACGAAGGUGGACGUUUGAAGUCGCUGUUUCAUAGACGGUUUCACAACGAGUUGCCACCGCUUGAUCGUACCAAGGACGCUUGUGAUCCGGGUGCUGAAAUGUGCUUCCUAACUGGGGACGCCCGAUCGAACCAACUGAUCUCACUUGUGGCCGUGCAUACUCUGUUCUUGCGCGAACACAACCGGCUGGCACGCUGUCUGCAACAGCUCAAUCCACACUGGAGCGAUGGUACGCUUUACCAGGAGGCUCGACGAAUCGUCAUUGCCCAACUACAGCACAUUGCUUUCGGGGAAUAUCUUCCCAAAGUGGUCGGUCCACGGUAUAUAGCGCUGUAUCGUCUACAUUUGCCAACUGGCGGAACAUACAGCGAGUUCUACAACCAUCACACGAAUCCUUCGAUAUCGAGCGAGUUUACAGUGGCAGCUUUCCGGUUCGGUCACUCCACCGUACCUUCGAAGCUGGAUCUGCAUGACGGUUCAGUGGACACGUGGCGCACAUUUUUGGAUCCAACGCGUUUUCGCGAACGAAACUUUUACGAUGACCUUUUCAAAGCGCUACAGCACCAACCGAUGCAGAGCGUCGACGAGCUGUUUUCCACCAGCUUAACGCGCUUCCUGAACGUUAAACCAGGCAAACAGUACGGUAUCGAUCUGGCCGCCAUCAACAUCCAGCGCGGCCGGGAUCAUGCCAUUCGACCGUACAACGACUAUCGACGGCUGGGAGGCAAACCCGGCCCAUACUCGUUCGAUGAUUUUGGAACCGAAGCGGGCCAUAAGCUGCGCUCACUGUACUCGCACCCGGACGAUGUGGAUCUGUACGUGGGCGGAAUUCUCGAGCCACCGGUCGAGGGUGGUGUGGUGGGCGAAACGUUUGCCGAACUGAUUGCGGAUCAGUUUUCAAAGUUUCAACGUGGCGAUCGGUACUUUUACAGCAACGGACCCGAUACAAAUCCGGGCCAUUUUACCGUGCAGCAGUUGAAAGAAAUUCAGCGCGUGACCAUGGCGUCGUUGAUCUGUGCCAAUGCAGGCGAUCCGGAUCGAAUGCACGUGCUGCCGGAUGUGUUUAGUCUUCCGCACGAUGGCAAUCGGCUGGUGGAUUGUACGGCGAACGAGAUUCCAAAGCUGGAUCUGAGCUGGUGGAGGGAUUAAUUUAUGUUG